CCUAGAAUUGAUCUUAAAUCCCUGUUGUAACGACCUAUAUUAACGAUCCUGUUUAUCUUAAAAUGAAAACGAUUCCGUAGAUUAAUUUCCAGUUGGUCCAAUAAAAUGUUUUUCUCGCUCCAAAUUUUUGUUCUAAGCUAGUAUCUGAAGCUGAGAAAUCGCAGUGACAAGACUCCUGCAAUUCGAUAAACAACCUGGUUACUAUAGCAACCAUUUUGUUGUCAUAAGCGACCAGGUAGACGGCAGAAAAUAUGUCACAUCAUCACGGCAUGUAGAUACAUCAGUGAGAGGAAUAUAUUGGUUUAUGGAAUAAAACUGUCAUUUAUGUUCUGUAUGGAAGAAGAUUCUUUACAGAUAAUCUUUUUGUACUUUUGAAUUUAAAAAAUAUGGGUCAGAAAGAAACGGAGGUGCUAUACUCGGUGUUAAGACAGAAAAAUCAGUAAAUUCCGAAAACUCCAGGCUCCCAAGAUUUGAUAAUUUCCUUAUCAAAUAACUGAGCGGAAUAAAGUUCAGUAAACAGACGAUACGGAAUUUCAGUUCAAACACGCCACAGGGUCACGAUGAGUUCUAGAAAGAAAUCUUGUGAAGUGCCGCUGCAGGAUUUCGCCAGAAUACAGCUCAUGUUUCUUCCAACCGCUCUGUCCAACGGGAAGCUAUUCACCGACUACACAUUCCCUCCGGACAAAUCCUCGUUGACGUACGUGUACAGUGGCGAUGAUCGUUAUGAAAAAAUGAUCUUUAAAAGGCCGAAGGAUAUUUGUUCGUACUCUGUGUUUGCUGGAGUCGGUGGUGGGUAUGAGACGCCGUUUCCAUGGAAAUCGUGGAAGAAGACCGCGUGGUUUGAGGCCGCCAUUGCCGUUGUAUCUCUCAAUGUAAAACUGAUGGAUAAACUGAUCCCGGGCUAUAGAAACUUUGAUCAGUCUCUGCAGACGGACUAUAUAGGCUGUUUUUGUUUCAAGCUAUGGCGUUUCGGGGACUGGGUUGAUAUUGUAGUGGACGAUCACCUACCCACAAUGGACAACAAUUUGUUAUACUGCCAAGCUUACGGUACCCCGAGAGAAUUCUGGGGGCCGCUUGUUGAAAAAGCAUAUGUCAAAUGUAAGAAGACAUACGAAGCAAACGAAUGCGGGCGGACGCUUGACGCUUUGACGGACUUAACAGGCGGUGUUUGCGAAUUUUACACGCCGGAUAUCAAUCCGCCACAGAACUUGUUCCAUGUCUUAUACAAAUCGUGUGUGAACAGGUCACAGAUAGUUUGUUGGAGAAACGACAAGCUGCUGACGCCGACAGGAUUCUGGUUUGAAAACGACAUGGUGGAUGCAGGGAGCAGUAGAUACCGGUAUCUUCAUAUUGUUACAGCAACAACGAAGUUUCCACUGUCGGACGGACGAAUGGUUGAAAUGGUGAGACUGUUAUGCCCGUACAGAAAUGAACCUUUGUGGAACGGAAAAUUCGCAGACACGGAUGAAAUUUCAUGGGGAACCGUUAAUAUGGAGUUUUUCUCAAAGUACAAGCCUCUGGGAAACAAAGAUGAGCACGAGUAUUGGAUGACAAUAGAGGACUUCCGAUGUAAUUUUGGCGGGCUAAUUAUCUGUAGUAUAGAAAUACCAUACACUACAGAAGGUCUCAACUUGCAAAGAUGUUACAGACGUUUGAGUGAAGACGAAAUUAAAUCUGGCCAGAAAUCACUAUUUGCUGCACCAAAAGAACGCCGGCGUAGCAGCGACAGUAAACACCGUCGGCAGCCGACAGCUUCGUAUCUAAACAUACACCGGCGAUCACACCCUUGUCUUCCUGUCAAAACAAGAAAUGAAAAUACAGACGAGAGUCAUUCACCGCAAGAAUAUCCUUCAGAUAUGGGGAUACUUGUACGCGAAAAUACACGUACCGUAAAAGUUGACAACACUCAGUUUAACAGAGCAUCGAAAAUCAAGAAGCUGAAGCAUAAAAGUAAAAGUGACACCGCUAAAUCAAUGUCCGCUAAGAAAAACAAUUACGCUGCAAGGAGAGAGAGUGCUGGUGCUGUCUACAGAAAACGUGAUCCCUCCCCGGUGUCUUGUUUUCGACGUUUACAUUUACAUGACGAUGGAAAACGCGUAGAUAGCGAUACGGCAGAUCCAAAACUCUCAGCUGAUCCUAAUGACAUUUCUAAAAAUCGAGCAUCCGGUGCGAGUAACAUUUUGAAUACUUCUGCGAAUAAUAUAUUUUCUACCGGAAAUAUGACUCCAUGCUCCGAAUAUUGUCAGAAGCGUUCCGAUAGUCUUAUUUCCACAUGUAGUGCUUUAUCCGAAUGUCAAAGUACUUUUUCAGCCUCUGAUAUAACGUUAAACAUAGGAACGUCUAGAGACAACUCUUUACAAAGACCUAAAAGUGCGCCAAGCAACAUUGUUAGGAAUACAUCUUCUGGAUCAUUGCCAAAUAUGAUCAUUAACAAUUUUGUAGCCUCGUCUUCAGAUAACUUCCGGUCACAUGGUUCUUGGCGAUUUGUAAUUGACUACAAGGGAAAAUGGGAAAAAUGUGAUUCAAUGAGCAGUAAUCUAGAUAUGAUAAAACAACAUUCAAGAAAUCCAAGAAUAGUCUUGAAUAUAAUCCAUCCGGAUGCUGUCAAUGAAGUCGUUGCCCCUGGUUACCACGGGAAAAGUCACGUGAUUAUCUCAUUACUACAGGAUUAUCGUCAUGGUGCCCCAACAGCCAACAGUCUCCUAGUUCCAAUAGGGUUUUCAGUCUAUAAGACAAAAAAUCCAGCCAAAGACGAAAAACGCUCUCUGUCAAAAUUAUCCUUUCUUGGAGAAGCCACUUUAUGCGAAGACUCAAGGGAGGUUACUAGCAGAUUUGACCUUUCACCCGGAAGUUAUUUCAUUGUGCCAUUUUGUAUGUCGGAGAAUCAUAGCGGACAGUAUAUACUAAGGGUCCUGGCAGAAAGAGAUCCAGUGGCAGGCAAGACUGGGUGUGAGAUAUCAUAGAAGAAGGAUAAACGUUGAUCCUGAAGGAAGUUUGACUUACCAAUGGGUAAAUUUGUCAUUUAUUUCACACCUGACGACAAUAUCAGUCAGAGAAAACCAGAAAUGUCUACGUUCACGGAAACACCUCUGUCUGGCAAUAAACAUUUCGUGGUUUCGAGAUGACAGAAAUGUAGAGAAGCCGCUGCCUUUGUGCUUAUAUUUUUUUAUCAGAUAUAUUAUACUUUAAAAAAUCCUUCUGUUAUCAUAAACUACGCAGCCAACUUUGAACGUUAGUAUAAUCAAAGGCUAUUGGGAAAUAAUGAAAUGCAGCUUAUUUUCAGUACACAUCUAGAAAUACGUGUACAGUUGCAUUUAGACAAUCGUAUUUCUUCUAGAGCAUUAAGGAGUGUUAUGCAAGUGAAAAAAUGUAAGUUGGCAGAACCAAACAGAAAGUCAGAGGCGAUAUCGUCCUCACUAAAGGCCAAAAGCAUCUAUAAUUAAAUUGGAAAUCUACAAAGACGUUGAGGGAACAUCAUACUGUGGAACAUAAUUUCCAUAAGUCAAAUUUAUUUUAAUUGAUUCAUUAUCAAUGGCUAAACUAGCCAUUGUAUGUACAUGUAUAUGUUUUAAUGUGCCUUACAAGACGAAGCUUCGUGAACUGUCCCGUUCUGUAUGUCCGUUCAGAAGAAAAGGCAGCCGCGCAUUUAUGUGAUGACUGCCUAUCCGCCCACGUCUGUCAGUCGGAAUAUCUGCAAGCUUUCCACUUCGACUGCAGAUACUGAGCCAGUCAACAGAUGUUUGCAAGUCACAUGACCGAAGACUUGAUUUUCCUUAAUUUUACACUUUUUGCAUUAAAUGUUCUGGUAUAGUAAAUGUACUUUUUGUCAACACUUGAGCCAUUAUACAUGUUUUCCACGGUAGUUUUGCUUCCACAAAGGAUAAUUUAUGAGAAUUUCUAUUUCAUAUUCAUAAUUUCAUAUGAAGUUAUGUCUCAUAUUUUUGCAUAAUUGCAUUUUUAUUGGGUAUUCCUAUAAAAGCGUGUUAUUCCCGUCAGUGACACUAUGAAAAUAGACAGUUUGUUGUUUCCCUUUUAAACUCAUUUAUAAUUAAUUUUACAUCAAUUUGUUUUACUUUUUAUGUUCCAGUUGUAGACAUUUUAUUUUUCACAAACGUUUUAAAUGUUAAGCCAUAAAAUAUUGAGUAACAAUCCUACUUAGUAAAAAUACUUGGUGUACAGUGAAACCCGUGCUAUCACCUGGUUUUAAAGAGCAAAAUUGUCAUUUUCGAUUUAAACAUCGUUUUUGCAGUGUAUAAAGUCCACCUGCAAAUAUAGAAUACCCUGGUUAUCCCAGUAAUAUGUUAUAAAUAGAAUACAGACACACACCCCUCACUUGACAAAAUCCUUGCCAACGCUGAUUGAUUUGACCAAAGCGGACAAAAUCCCCUGCCCGCAUGCUCUUUGACUUUUUCAGUUAUAGCCAAUUUUUCAGUUUAAUCCGUGUAAGACUUUUAUUUACCUUAUUAAAAGAUGUAUUUUCAUUAUUUUUAAUAUAUAUAUAUAUAUAUAUAUAUAUAUAUAUAUAUAUAAUUUUAGAGUUUUAUUUCAAAAAAUCAAAUGGGGAAUUUUGACCGCCUUGGUCAGAGAAGAUCGAUUUUGUCUUUGGGGUGGUUGGGCUGGAGGGAGGGGAGGGUCUCCUACAUUCGUUAUAGACAGGUUUGGGUCUACUACUACUAAGAAAAACGUUCUUUUUUGUGUGCUGGAAAACAUUAUUUUCUCCUGCUUAUUGUUUUAGAAAUUCCAUAGAUAUAAUGCUACAGCUUCAAUAACAUAAAUUGUUUAUUAUCACAGUUAUAAUAAAUGUACCAUAAUAUGUAUAUUGACCUAAAAGAAAUCCAAUGAUUUUUUUCUUAAAUGUUGGUGUUAUUCUGUCGUUAUUUUUCUUUUUACUGAAUAAAAGAAUGUAUAAAUAUACA